ACAGAUUAACAGUUGAUGGUCUGGGUGCUGGGGGACAAGCGAUCUUACCUUCCCUACCUCCCCAACUCCCCACCUUCCCCAAGGGAAAGGGGGCAAUCAGGGUGCUCUGGCUCCGCCCUGCUGGUGCGACAGAGUCAAGGCAUGGCUUUGGCUGCCGCUCACCUGGCUGACCCCCGGCAGUUUCCCCCCUCCCACCUCGCACCCAUCUCGCCCCAUCAUCUCCCCCAUCCCCUCCCGGACCAGUGCCGACCCGUUCUCGCGAGAUCCGGGCAGCCGAGCGCUCGGGGCCUUUUCAAAUCGGGAUCCGUUACCGCUUCCCCUGCCACCGCCAUUGUCGCGCUCGGAGCCCCCCUCAGCGUUGGUGGCGGAGGCAGCGGCGGGAUGGCGGAGACGGACAAGCCUGAGGUGCCCGGGGUCGCCGGCGACGACACCCCACGUCAGCAGCUGUCGCCCCCGGAGCAGCUGGAGGAGUCGGGUCAGGAACAGCUACAGCCACAGCAGGAGCUGGAGAAGCAGCAGCCGCCGCCACACGGAGGCAGCUCCAAUGGCGUUAAAAUGGAGAAUGAUGAUUCUGUAAAAGAAGAGAAAUCUGACUUAAAAGAAAAAUCUACAGGAAAUAAGAAGGCAAAUAGAUUCCAUCCUUAUUCAAAAGACAAGAAUUCGGGCACUGGGGAAAAGAAGGGUCCUAACCGUAAUAGAGUUUUUAUUAGCAAUAUCCCAUAUGACAUGAAAUGGCAAGCUAUAAAAGACCUUAUGAGAGAAAAAGUUGGUGAGGUUACAUACGUGGAGCUCUUUAAGGAUUCGGAAGGAAAAUCAAGGGGUUGUGGUGUGGUUGAAUUCAAAGAUGAAGAAUUUGUAAAGAAGGCAUUAGAAACUAUGAACAAAUAUGAUCUUAGUGGAAGACCCCUGAAUAUUAAAGAGGAUCCUGAUGGAGAAAAUGCUCGUAGGGCACUGCAACGUACAGGAGGAUCAUUCCCAGGAGGACAUGUCCCCGAUAUGGGUUCGGGGUUGAUGAAUUUACCACCUUCCAUUCUCAAUAAUCCAAAUAUUCCUCCUGAGGUUAUCAGUAAUUUGCAGGCUGGUAGACUUGGUUCUACAAUUUUUGUUGCUAAUCUUGACUUCAAAGUUGGUUGGAAGAAGCUAAAGGAGGUGUUCAGCAUAGCUGGAACAGUAAAGCGGGCAGAUAUUAAAGAAGACAAAGAUGGCAAGAGCAGAGGAAUGGGCACAGUCACUUUUGAUCAAGCAAUUGAAGCAGUUCAAGCAAUCUCUAUGUUCAAUGGACAGUUUUUAUUUGAUAGACCUAUGCAUGUGAAAAUGGAUGACAAAUCAGUCCCACAUGAGGACUAUCGCUCACAUGAUAGUAAGACACCACAAUUGCCCCGUGGCCUUGGGGGCAUUGGAAUGGGGCUUGGACCAGGUGGGCAGCCCAUUAGUGCCAACCAAUUGAGCAUGGGAGGUGGAAUGGGAAAUAUAGGACCAGGAAGUAUGGGAAUGGAUGGUCCUGGUUUUGGAGGAAUGAAUAGAAUGGGAGGAGGAGUUGGGUUUGGUGGCAUGGAAACAAUGAAUAACAUGGGAGGAUUUGGAGGAAUUAGCCGAAUGGGAGAAUUGUAUCGUGGUGGAAUGACUAGUAGCAUGGAAAGAGACUUUGGACGUGGUGACAUUGGAAUGAAUCGAGGCUUCGGGGACUCUUUCGGUAGAAUUGGUGGUGCAAUGAUUGGAGGUUUUGCAGGAGGAAUGGGAGCUUCUAACAUGGGUCCAGUAGGAUCUGGCAUGAGUGGUGGAAUGGGUGGUAUGAACAGCAUGACUGGAGGAAUGGGGAUGGGACUUGACCGAAUGAGCUCCAGCUUUGAUAGAAUGGGACCUGGUAUGGGAGCUGUACUGGAAAGAAGCAUUGAUAUGGAUCGAGGAUUUGUGUCUGGCCCAAUGGGAAGUGGAAUGAGAGACAGAAUAGGCUCCAAAGGAAACCAGAUAUUUGUCAGAAAUCUGCCUUUUGACUUGACUUGGCAGAAACUAAAAGAGAAAUUCAGUCAGUGUGGUCAUGUAAUGUUUGCUGAAAUAAAAAUGGAGAACGGAAAGUCAAAAGGCUGUGGAACAGUCAGAUUUGACUCACCAGAAUCAGCUGAAAAGGCCUGUAGAAUUAUGAAUGGCAUAAAAAUCAGUGGCAGAGAAAUUGACGUACGCCUGGAUCGUAAUGCAUAAUUUCAAACUACAUUCAGAACAUUCCUACACAUAUUUAGCUUCUCUAUCUUAGUAAAAAGUCAUUUUAGUAACAUUGUAUGCUUAAAGAAGCUGUAAAAAUGAACUUAAAUCCUUACCAGCCUUUAACAGUAUAGUGUUAAAAUAUACUGUAAUUCUUGCUAACAAACUUGAGUUUUAGUUUUUAAAGACAGUGACUGGUCAUUCAGUUUAAAUGAAUGAUUAUACUGUUUUUAAUGAGAUAAGCCAUUUCCCCAUUGUUACUUUCAGUACUGCAUAGUGGGAUUUGUUUAGUGUUCAGAUUUCCCCAGCUUGUACCUACUUUAUUGUAAGGUAAAAAAUAGAUGUUUUUCCAGAACUUCAGUUUUCUAUAUGCAAUGUAGUCAUACUUUAACUUGAAAAGAAAGGGCUCAGAUAAAUUAGGUUGUGAUUUUGUUUGUUUAAAAUUAGUUUUUUGCCAUAGUUCAGAAUUAUUGUAAAUAAGUUUUACAGCCUAAAGGGAGUUUGGGAUGUUUUUUAUUCAAUUAAAUGAAAUGAAUCUUUACUGCUCCCUACCCCCCAUUCCCUUACACCUCUGGCCCAAAUAGGUCAUUUUACCUCUAUAACACUAGUAAAGAUCAGUCUCCACAGCCCCUUAUUUUAUUGUUUCCUAUAAUUCCAAGUUCAUAUAGAACUGAUAAUGUAGCAAGCACCAAGUAUAUUACUAGACAAACUACCCCCAACUUCUUGUCUAGCAUCCAGCCAUUCAAGUGAAUAGCUAGAAAAAGAAAAACAACGGAAAGAAUGAGAGAAAUAGCCGUGUAAGUCAAUCCACUGCUGUUAACCUUGACAGGAGCUGAUGUAUUUGUGAAUGCUGUUUGAAUAAACCACGGAACACCCAAACACAACAUAUCAAACACAUUGGAUCCUACAAUAUUAGACAUAGCCAUAUCACCUCUACCUGCAAAAGAAAAAAAGAGCAUGUUUUUGAAAUGUGCACAUUAAGUAAUGUUUUAUUAAUAAGCUGCUUCAUCAGUUACACUGGAUCCUUUUUUUCUGUUUUGGAAAACUUGUUUUAGAGCAGAAUUCUUACUGAAUUUGUAUUUGCUCAUUUGUUUUUAGUUAAUAUUUAAAGAAUUAACAUUUAUUUAUCAAAUAGUAAUUUUAUUUAUUAAAUAAUUUUCUUAGAAUAUGUAGAUUACUUGUUUUUAAUUUUAAUUUAACAUACUUAAGCUUUAAGUACAUUUUUCAGGUGAAUUUAAUUCUUUACAGUUCAGGUUUAGUGAACUUAAGCUGCUAAAAUUGUCACUUUUUUUCUUCUUAAUUUACUUUGUCAGUGAAGUAUAUUGAGGAAUUGAAUUAUUUUUACAAAUGUCUUUUCCCUGUGCAUAUGAGCCAGCUUAAGGAAUGGGCAUAAAAACCUGAACCAGUUCUUACCUUUUCUCGCAACCAACACGCUUGCAACAGUGUCUGGUAUGCUUGUUCCUGCUGCUAAUAAUGUAAGGCCCAUUACUGUAUCUGGAAUAUCCAGUGUUUCUCCUAUAGUGACAAAAUACUGAUUAAGUGACAAAACUCAUGAUGAUUUUAGACAUCAAUUUGUUCAUUAACUAUUUUGUAAAGAAGCUUUUUUUCCCUGGAUAAAGCUAUUUAGGUUACAAUACCAAUUUGUGCUCAGUCAUAUUUUCAGCAGUUCUGUUUAACAGAGAGUUUGGAAAUUUUAUGGACCUUUAGGUGGUACUGUUAAGGAUAUUUAUCAGCUGAAAUUCUACUACUGAGUGAUUCACUUUGCUUGUGCCCUGACAGAAGUUGUGGAUGGCAUUCAUUAUUAGAGACCUUUAUUUUAAUCAGGGGCUCUAGCUUUAAAAAUAAACAUACUAAGGAGACCACUUUUUUUUUUUUGUUUAGAUCAUUUUGGUAUCAUAGUUUUAGUCAAGCAUUCUUGACAGCUAUUUUUGAGCUAUACAAAUAAUUAAAAAUAUGAGUUUAAAAAAAGUCACGUUAAAUAAUGAACUCUAUAGUAAUGCACUCUGGGAAAGCAUGUGAACUCGUUCCCCACAGAGAAGAAAUAGGGCUCUAUUAAAGUCUUCCUAAUACGAGGUCCAAAUUUUUUUUAUAUUCCUGUAAAUUUUGAUGUCAGCUGAUUGUUAGUUUUUCAGAAAUGUAAUAGUUCUAGGAAAGAAACCAGAGGGAAGUAGUUAAUGUAAGAAUUGCUUCUUUUGUGUUACUUUGAAUGAAAACUUGCUUUAGAACCAAUUUUUUCUUGUGUAUGAUGCCAAUUAAAACAGUUUAACUAGAAA